AUGGCAAUUACUGUAUUUGCAAAGAAGAAAUUCCUCAUCUCCAAAUCGAGCUACUUAAUCAUCAAUUUGACUAUCGCCGAUGUUCUUGUUGGUAUUUCUGCCUUCGUUACAAUGAUGGAGAUAUGGCACGCAAAAGACAAUCUGUUCACUAGUCACAAGGAAAACUUUUUGUCGGAAAUCUCAGAAACCUCUUCGAAUUUCACGCUUUUAGCUUCUUUGACUACCUUAGCGAUGAUGGCUUUUGAAAGGGUUCUUGCAAUAGUUAUCCCACUUCGAUUCCGCCGUAUAUGCAGCAAGCAUUAUUUCUAUGCAAUAUCAUGUUCAUGGUGUGUGUCUCUGUUGAUUUUCCUGCGAYAUUUUUCUUCUUCCAGCCAAGUUAUGCAUGUCUACGUUGCAUUUGUCGCGGUGAUAUCAAUUUUGAUAAUCUUCACUUCAUACACUGCGAUAAUGAUCAAGAUAAUUGCUUUCCCAAAAAUCAAUGCCAGUAUCGUGAUGAAAAAUAAUUUGAAAUUAACGAAGACGUUGAUGAUGACAACCUUGGUGGCACUGAUAACCUGGGUACCAUCUUCUAUCAUUUUAUCCAGAACUGGGAAAGGUUAUUUCUCGUAUGACAUAGGCCUGGCAUUUGAAAUGUUGAUAUACGGCAACUCCUUUGUUAAUCUAUUAGUCUACACAAUUCGAAUGCCACAGUUUCGUCGAGAAUUAUACAUGAUGAUAAAGUGCAAGAAAAUCAAUAAAAUAGACACUCGCGACAAUGGAUCGAAGAAAUUCCUCAUCUCCAAAUCGAGCUACUUAAUCAUCAAUUUGACUAUCGCCGAUGUUCUUGUUGGUAUUUCUGCCUUCGUUACAAUGAUGGAGAUAUGGCACGCAAAAGACAAUCUGUUCACUAGUCACAAGGAAAACUUUUUGUCGGAAAUCUCAGAAACCUCUUCGAAUUUCACGCUUUUAGCUUCUUUGACUACCUUAGCGAUGAUGGCUUUUGAAAGGGUUCUUGCAAUAGUUAUCCCACUUCGAUUCCGCCGUAUAUGCAGCAAGCAUUAUUUCUAUGCAAUAUCAUGUUCAUGGUGUGUGUCUCUGUUGAUUUUCCUGCGACAUUUUUCUUCUUCCAGCCAAGUUAUGCAUGUCUACGUUGCAUUUGUCGCGGUGAUAUCAAUUUUGAUAAUCUUCACUUCAUACACUGCGAUAAUGAUCAAGAUAAUUGCUUUCCCAAAAAUCAAUGCCAGUAUCGUGAUGAAAAAUAAUUUGAAAUUAACGAAGACGUUGAUGAUGACAACCUUGGUGGCACUGAUAACCUGGGUACCAUCUUCUAUCAUUUUAUCCAGAACUGGGAAAGGUUAUUUCUCGUAUGACAUAGGCCUGGCAUUUGAAAUGUUGAUAUACGGCAACUCCUUUGUUAAUCUAUUAGUCUACACAAUUCGAAUGCCACAGUUUCGUCGAGAAUUAUACAUGAUGAUAAAGUGCAAGAAAAUCAAUAAAAUAGACACUCGCGACAAUGGAUCGGCAAAGAACGAUAUAAAACCAACGUCACCCGACUGA